GGGCAGUAAUGCGUGUUCAAGCCGUUUGCCGCCUGCCCUCCACGAAUGCAAGAAAGAGACGAGCCCCCAUCGUUACAACGCAUGCCCGGACUCAAGGAACCUAACCGUACCCUGCCGGUGGACAGACACAACAGGAUGGCCAGUGUGCUGUGCCGUAAAGCCAGGCUGGUCAGUUACCUCCCGGGACUUCACGUGUUGGUGCAUCGUGUGGCAGGAGCCAGAGCCUCCUCUGCUGCUGGUUCCUCAGGCUCUGAUGAACCACACGUAGCCAUCACUCCAUCUGAUAUGGGACUGCGGACAGUAUGGCCUGAUGAGAGCAUGGGGCCUUUUGGGCCCCAGGACCAGCGCUUCCAGCUGCCUGGCAAUGUGGGCUUUGACUGCCACCUAGAAGGACUUACAAAGCAGAAGGAGAUUCUGGCACACAAGAUGGUCCCUGACGUGCUGUCUUCACUGUCCAGUAGUGAGAGGCAUGAGUUCAUACUGGCCCAGGUCAUUGUAGACUUUGUAAGU